AUGGUGAAAGAUUUCAAGUCGACCCUUGAGGGGUCACUGGAGAAGCUGCCCCCAAGAAUGAAAGGCUUGAAAAAAUGCAUCCAUGUGAUGCUGUUCUUGUUCAUAUUUGGAAACGAUUUAGCCGAUUUUGUUAGCGACUGGCUCUUCUUUGCCGACGUGGCCAUCGCUGAAAAAGGAAUCGUGUAUGGACAACCAGAUCGGGCAGCUGUCUGGUGCCUCCUACUGUUCUCCAUCAUCGGCACAUUUACGUUUCUCUUCGAGUGCGCCAACCUGUGGUGGGAGUUCUUCCGGAACAACCCCUGGAUUGACUCCGACUGGUUGUCAGCCAUUGUUAUUUGGAUCGAGGACAUCCCACAGGUUCUCAUCAGCAUGUACCUGGCGCUGUGCAGGGAGGAGCCCAUCAGUGUGUUUCAGUUACUCAAGGCGGCUGUGAUUUUGAUCGGAGUGGUGAUCCGAAUCAUUGUGACUUCGGUCAAGUACUGCAACAAGGAAGCAGUCAGAUCACACUACCAUGUCAAGAUCAAGGCUGUCAUCAUGAUAGGGAUCAUUAUAGAAGCAUGCACUGCUGCCGCCAUUUUCUUCCUGACCCAAACAGAGCGUGGAAACUCAGGUGAAGUUACUUUUAGAGUUCCAUCUACAGUGAUGGAAGAAACAUUCAACGACCAGCGAUACUUUACUAAUGUUAGCAUAUUCUUCCAUGACGCUGACUCCUUUGAUGUAGGAAACCUCGAUCCCAACAAAACCGACUAUACAGUUAACUGGAUACGCCUGACUUUUGUAUCUGAUCUCAGACAAAGCAGUCACGCUCCGAGCUUUAAGAUCGACUAUGGAUAUAUCUCAAGCAGCAUCAUGAACUUGGCAAUCUCAGAAAAAAGAGACGGUGGCAACUGGACUUUAUCUGAAUGUUACGAGAUUGACAUAUUCAACGAUACAUUCGCCGACAUAAAAAACACCACAUGCCUUAAGAAUAUAAAACCAGCAAACCUCACUUCUAUUUUCAUUACACUGUGGUAUGAAAAACCAGGCUCCUUGUUCAAGAAGAAAGUCUUUGGGGACAUCCACAUGGAUAUACAUAAGCUACAGGGUGUUAACUGUUCUGCUGUCACUCAGUGGGAAGAUACAGUGGAGAACAGCGUAAAAAACAAGGUUUCCUUGACCUUCCACUAUUACCGCACCAGCGAUACUCCCAAUUACCAGGAUUUGAGACAUCUUCUGUACCAGUCUGGAGUUCCACGGUUCUAUCGAAACAUCGAUUCGAACUUACUGGACACCAGGGUCAUUUGGAAAACAGGCUGGAAUCAAUGCAGCUGUAAUGGAAAUUUUGCCCCGGUACUGGACACUGACCAGUCGCUGACCUGCUCAUAA